UACGCUUCUUUUCCUUAGAACGGAGGGCGAAGACGGCGCCUUCAUCUUUCUCUCUCUCUGAGGAGCGCGCACACUGUUAGGGUUCGUUCUUGGUUCCAAGAAGAGAAAGAAGAAGAAGAAGGAGAAGGGGAGUGAUCGAUGGGGAGGGGGAGGGUGCAGCUGAAGCGGAUCGAGAACAAGAUCAAUCGGCAGGUGACGUUCUCGAAGCGGCGGUCGGGGCUGCUGAAGAAGGCGCACGAGAUCUCCGUCCUCUGCGACGCCGAGGUCGCCCUCGUCAUCUUCUCUCCCAAGGGGAAGCUCUACGAGUACUCCACCAACUCCAGCAUGGAAAAGCUUCUUCAACGUUACUAUGAAUCUUCAUAUGCAGAACGAGCUCUCGUAGAAGCAGAUCCUCGAUCGCAGGUAAGUUGGUGCCAUGAGUAUGGAAAGUUGAAGGCCAAGGUAGAGGCUCUACAAAAGAGACAAAGGCAGCUCAUGGGAGAAGAACUGGAAGCUUUGACUCUUAAAGAACUCCAGCAGCUGGAACGACAGCUUGAUACAUCUUUAAGGCUCAUGAGAUCAAGAAAGAAUCACUUGCUGUUUGAUUCAAUCGAGGAGCUUCAAAGAAAGGCAAGUUCAACAGACUAUGCUAGAAGUGGGAUUACAUCGUUCAUUUUCUCUUAUAUUCUCAGAUCUUGUGUCUUCUUUUUAUCCAUUAUCUAUUUGAUUUUGUCAUUGAUUAUGAUGGCCAUGUCUGCUACGAUCAUAAGGUAUGAAUUGGGGUUAUGUUUUGGAUGCUUAACUUAGCUUCAUAUCCUGCUUUCGCAUAGAUUUGGCAAGGCUUGCUAUGAUCUUUUCCCAAUCUAAAUAUUUAUGGUGAUCAUGAAACAUAUUUUCAUCUUUGAAAAUGCAAAAAAAAGAAAAAAAGAAUCAAAA